AUGAUUCAGUACAAUAUGAACAGCAUAAUAAUAAUAUUUUCUCUUUUAUUUAUAAAUACUUUUGUCAAAUCCACGAAAAUAGAUAGUAAAUUUUUAAAAUGCUUGGUUUGCAGAUCAACAGUAAAAGAAAUUGAAGGUGAAUUAACAAAAAUUGAUCCUUCAAUAGAAAUUGAGAUAGGUAAUUACAGGUUGGAUGCACAAGGAAAUAUUAUUCAUAAAAAGGUUCCACUUGCUCAAUCUGAAGUACACAUAUCUGAUGUCUUAGAUAAUAUUUGUGAAAAAAUGUCAGACUAUGUAAGAGCAACAUAUAAAUCAAAUGGUCAAUUAACAAUUUUAAAUCUUAUGGGCCCAUCUGGUGGUAUGAAUCCUGAAAUGAGCAAAGUUGAUAUUAUUCAGGAUGCUGAUCUUAAUAAAAGUUUAAAAUAUUAUUGUGAGGGAAUAGUGGAAGAAUUUGAAGACUCUAUAAUUUCAUUGUUUAGACGUAAAGAAAAUAAUAUUAAAAAACAGUUAUGUACAAAUGCUGCAAAACUGUGUAAUCCUACAGAUUUUAGUUAUGAAGAUGAUGAAGAUGUUGAGGAAAAUGACAUAGAUGAAGAACAUGAUGAAUUAUGA